AUGGUUGCUUUCGACCUCACAAUAUCUCGAGAGGACGAGGUUUUCUCCACUCCCGAACUACUCGAGCUCAUCCUGUUGCACCUGGACCCUCGGACGCUUGUGGUGUCCGCCCAGCGGACUUGUCAGUAUUGGAAUCGCCUGAUCAGGGACUCACGAUCGCUUCAGAAAGCGUUAUUCUUCUUGCCGACCGAUAGUGGUCCCACCACUCGCAACCCUCUGUUGGCUGAGGCUUUCCCGUCGUUCUUCCUUCCGACUGACACCCAAGAGGCCUUAGACUCCCAGGCGGAGACGGUCGAAACCGACGUCGUCUUUUCAUUCUUCAGUUGGGAUAUGGUCCAGCAUCCGGAGAAAAUCGAGGCCUACAACCGCAAAGAGGCCAGCUGGCGUCGCAUGCUGGUCCAGCAACCACCCAUCUCGGACUUUGCCUUUUUUGACUCAUUCUCUGCAAGGCGAUGGACGCAGGAGUUUUCGGAACAGAUAGUUCGGCCGGCAAACCUGAGAUAUGAUCCCAAUCCAUACGAGGGCCUGCGGAUGGAGACUCUGUUUGAUUUCAUGGUGCUUGAUGGCCCGAUCUCCUUUGACUAUGAAAGAUCGCACGUCAUCCAGUGGACAGACUACCCGUUUUCCAAGCCCAGGUGGAUGCGAAUUUCUCCCGAUUUGGCGGAUGCCAUAGAGGAUGAUUCGGCCAAGUUUCCUCUGAUUAUUCACCAGCAAAAAAUAUCAGGGUGUAUAAUGAUGGAAGAUGAUCAUGUCACUGCGGAGGAGAAAUUGAGGCGACUCAUCUUUCCCUCCUACGCAGACGUUCCCCCGGACGCGACAGCAAAAUUAUACGAGGUGGUGAAGGUGGAGCGUGAGAGGUCGAAAAACAACAUUCCAUUUGUGCCUGUAGUUGGGAUCUUGUGA